AUGGUGGCUGACGCCAUGCAGAUUCUGCAAGAGGAGGUCAAGCUGAGCUCCGUCAAGAAGCGCAUGGCCCGUAUGUUCGCUCCUCGUGUUGAUGGAAGCUACUUGGUUCCGAAGGAGCUGGUGGACCAGUACAAGGACUUGAGUCAACGCCCCGCUUUGGAAGCCGAGUUCCUCAAGUCCGGGCUUGACAAGGACCUCUUCGUCAGGCGCUCCGUGAAAAAAAUCAAGCGCCGCGAGUCCGAGUCGGAGGUUUGGGUUUCCGGGCAGUUUGUGUCCGAUUUGGACAUGGACGAGCUUGGCCUCACAGAGAAGCGGAAGAAGGCUGUGCACGACGAGUGCGCAAAGAUGCGCGGGUGGAUCAGGCGGGACAGGUACGAGCCGGACGUGAAGCUUUACUGGCUUGAAAAGUCAGUGGAAGCCAAGGUGCUGAAGCGCAAGCGGGAGAUCUAUGAGGAAGUGGACAGCGAUGCGGAGUUCGAGGAGAGUGACAACGAAAAGGACUUGGACGUCUUCAGCCACUCAUGGGGCCUCGGUGAUGGAGGCGACGACAAAAAUGUCGCCGGGGCGGACCGGGAAUCCGACGUCAAGCAGAGGAUUAAAUCCAUUAGUUUUCCGGAUAUGGAUGCGGACGGGCUGCCCUCCUCCUACAUCGUGAAGGUUGUGCAAUGCUUGGGGAAAUGGAAUGCUAAGAUCCAGGGUGUUAAGGACCAACUGGAACAGUUCAAGAAAAGCGAGAAGACAGACAAGAUCCUGACCAAAGCGAGCACCAUCCUCAAGGGCCUGGAUGAGACUUCCGAAAAGAUCCAGCACAAGCAGUCGGAAAGUGUGCUUCAGGAUGUAGGCUUCAGCCUGGAGCAGCAGGGCGAGAUCAAGAAGUUGUUCGACGUGGCCAAGAAGCAGCAGCCUGACAGCAGUGGCUUCCGCAAUAUCCGUUUGGGUGGGGAAGGUAUGGACAUGCAGAGUGCUGGCCCUUUCUUUUGUUAUGUCGUGCAGCAUGCGCUGCAUACCGGACAGAGGUGCGUGGAAGCCCUCAGCUUCAGCACGGGGUGUGGGCCGAUGAUCGUGUAUCUUCGGUCGCAGAAGAAGAAAGACGAUGCGGACACCUCAAAGCGAGUGAAGGGCCACUCUUAUUUGAGCCGAUUCCUCAUUGCUGCCUAUCCAAGCAAGCAAUGGCCUCCGGAGCUUUUGGCGGACAUUAUCAAAGCUUUGUCGACCCAACUUCGUGAGAUCUUUGAGACAGGACUUUUGGUCCAAGGCAGGCGGUUUUACAUUGGCAUCAUGGGAAUGAAAGGGGACUUCGAGUUCCAUUGCACUUCCUUGCGUGAUGCUGGCCUGAAACGGUCCUACGAACAUGUUGGACGAGCAAAAGAUCUUCCUGUUUGCAUCGAAUGUGAAGCGGGGUUUCAAGAGAGCCCUUUUGAGGACUCCAAUCCCAAUGCUCUCUGGACAAGGACCAUUGGCAAGUCUGCGCCGUGGGAAUCAGCGCCGAGUUUUGUGCAAAUGCCCUUCGACAACUGGAGCUCCUUUCCAUCGGGAGUUCUUCAAUUCUUUCGCAGAGAUCCUUUCCACGUCUUCCGCCUAGGCGUGGCACGUAAUUUUCUGGCGUCUGCAAUUCUACUUUUGUGCAACUUCGGUGCCUUCGACCUUCUGGGUGAAUCAAAGUCUGUUGAAAACAGGCUCGCAAGAGCCUGGAAACAGUUUCAACUUUUCCUGGAAACAACGUCUUUGCAUGUGGGGGGCUUGCGAAGCUUCAGCAAGAAGAAGAUGCACUUUGCAAGUGGAGGAUCUUUUCCCUGGCUCGGAUGCAAAGGCUCGGACACAAUCGUGCUUUUCAAGUGGCUGCGGGUCUUGUUGGUGCAACUUCGUGUGCGAGGAACGAGCCCGGUCACGGGCCAUGAUUUUACCACAUGCCGAGCGUGUUACUGGAUGGAACUGGCUCUGACUGGAGGCCUACAUUUCUCUCAAGGAAUCCAUGGGCACUCGUUGUGGAUGGUGCAAAGCUGCACCGACUCCCUUCGCCAGGCCCUACGUGAUUUCUUGCGAGGCUAUUCUCAGCUGGCGCAGUUUUGUUUGCUGCGAAAGAUCCCUCUGUUUGGGUUAACACCCAAAUAUCACGCCCUCGCGCAUUUCAAACAUGAUUUGGAAAAGGCGCUGCAAGGAAAUCUGGCAGCAACUUUGAACCCAGCGACCUGGGACUGCAGUAUGUCGGAGGACUUUAUAGGCCGAGUGUCACGACAAUCUCGACGGAUCGGAUACAAGAGAAACUUAUUCGAGAAACACGUCUUACAGCAUUAUCUUCUCAAAUUUGGUUUCGUGCUGGGCCGCUGGAAACAAGAAAUACCACAGCCCUCGGGUGCUAGAACUGGGCGCAAACAGCGAGCUCGAGGCAAGCGUUGA